AACUAAUGCACCUUCAGCACCUAAAGCAGCACCACAGCCAUGCUCACCCAGGGAAUAUUCUGAAGCCUGACUCAAACUGAAACAGUUUUUCCAAAGUCACACUUCAGCAUUCAAGGAUGAUCCACUUUGAGCGUCCCCCUCCAUUAGCCGGCCAGGUCGGGAGGAAUCCAUCAGCGGACAUGCCUCUCAGAUACUCCCACCACAGGAGGAAGGCGAAUGGCGCGAACGGCAGGAGGAUGGAGCGGCGCUGCAACCACAGGUCCAGGAAGCUGGCCGUCAUCUCCCGCUCCCUGAUCCUCUGCAGGUCCCAGGCCAGCGAUGACGGCUCCAGCCCAGAGGAGCAAUAUGCCGACUUUUGGGAAGGAGAGAGAGAGCAGGAGAGGGAAGGGCCCAGGAGGAAGCCGGAGAAAACGGCUCCAUCCUCGGCAGACUCCUUGGCUGCGCCUCCGCAGUGCCACCCAGGGGGGCUGAGGAGGAACAUGAGGAGGACUUUCUCCAUAAAGGAAAGCAGUAUCUGGAGAAUGUGUGUUGCGACUGGUGAGGACAGCCUGGGGCUCCAAAUCUCCGAUAAUAACAGCCAGCCAAGUGACAAAGGGCUCACUGUUGGCCAUGUGAAAAAUGGAGGGGCAGUGUUCAGAAACAGUUAUAUUCAGCCAGAUGAGCCACACCCACUCAAUGGAAAGUUUGUAAAUGGCCAUUCGCAGAUGGAGGUCGAGCCAGUGCUCCAGUCAGCCUCGCGGGGAGUGGACACAAUGACUUACACUGAUGAUUUUUCAUCUUGGGAAAAUAGUAUGCAGUUGUCCAGUCUUAAUGCUCCUCCAGUGCCUCCCACAGAUAGCAAGGACCCACAAUCCCUGAUCCACUGUAGAGAUAAAGAACACAUGGACGUAGAUGCUGGCCAUAAGGAGCCUAUUCUGGAGGUGACAGGGGAGAAUGGAGGAUGCUGGGAGAGAGAGAGGGCUGAACAAGGCUCAAAGAAUCCGUCAGCCAGCAAGAGGACCAGAUCCAACUCCACUAGUGUCAAUCCCUACUGGAUCGGAGACUUGGACACGCUCAUUAUGAAAUCGCCAGAGAUCUAUGGGAACCACACCCAGGGGAAUGCCGGCUUUUAUGGGAACAGGAAGUCACUGUCACAGCAGCUGGAAUUCCCUCAUGGGGUCACACAGGUGGCCCCCAGACCCUCCCGGUCCCUGAGCUCAGCUCUCCUGGUCCACUCCAGCAGCACCGUGCAGGCCUUCAUCAUCUGCAACAUCGUGCUCAUGAAGGGCCAAGGCAAGGGCCUGGGAUUCAGCAUCGUCGGGGGGGAGGACAGCAUAUACGGGCCCAUGGGAAUCUACGUCAAGACCAUCUUCCCCGGAGGGGCGGCGGCUGCUGACGGAAGACUGCAGGAAGGAGAUGAGAUCCUGGAGCUGAACGGGGAGUCUAUGCAUGGCCUGACCCAUGAAGACGCCCUGCACAGAUUCAAACUGGUAAAGAAAGGGCUGCUGACGCUGGCGGUGCGGACCAGCCUGCGCGUAGGGGCGCUGUCGAGCCAGGCCCAAGUGGCCCAGCUCUGCCGCUCACGCUCGCUCAGCUCCAGCGCGGGGAUUGCCAGAACCAGCGCCGACAUGAGUGAAUACAACUUCCUGCCCAACCCCGCCAAGCCCAAAGAUCGCAUUAUGAUGGGGGUAACACUCUAUAAAGAGGUGGGUGUGGGCCUGGGCAUUGGGCUCUGCUGUGUGCCCUCCGGUGAGGGCUGUCCUGGUAUCUACAUCCACACCCUCUCCCCGGGGUCCGUGGCGCACAUGGACGGACGUCUCAGGUGCGGGGAUGAGAUCAUCGAGAUCAACGACACCGUGGUUUACAACAUGACGCUGAACGACGUCUACAACGUCCUGAGCCAGUGCAGCCCGGGCCCCGUUCAGGUCAUCAUCAGUCGGCAUCCGGACCCGAAAGUGUCUGAGCAGCAGCUGAACGAGGCCAUAGCACAAGCUGUGGAGAACAGCAAGCUGAAGAAAGACAAGCACCACUGGUGUAUGGAAGGCUUGAGGAGGCCGGAGCCCUGUUCACACGGGAAGCAGAAGUGCGACCGCUGUGUGGAGAGGAGCUUCAGUCAGCUGAAUGGCCGACGGGCCCAGAAGGUGAUGACGCGCUCCUGCAGCGACAGCACCUACAACCACCGCUCCGUCGCCGGGCCCGUGGGCCCACCGCACACGCUCCAGCACCCCGACCUCAAGACCAGGGUCCACAGCGUGGACGUGUCCAUGCACUUCCCCCAUGUCCUCGGGCCCGAAGGCUGGACGGACGGCGGGCCCCCCUGUGCGGACGAAGACUACCACACCGCCUACAGCUGCUCCGAGUCCGGCUCCAGUCAAUUCCUCUCAGACCUCGGCGCCAGAGCCUCCAAACCCCAGCCCCCAACACCUCCCAAGAAGUACUACACACAACAGGAAGCGGCGAGUGAAGAGCCUGUUCUUGACUCGGAGGGGUCCAAUGGGGAUUCGCCUGUAAAGGAGGAGGCCUGGAAGUCUUCCCAUUCCCACUGUCGGGAAGCAGCUAGCAGUCUUUCUGAUGAAACUAAGGCAGCUCAUACCAGUUCUGUCACAGCAAGUUCCGACUUAGCAGAACACUCCUCCAGAGAAGACAGGAGACAUAAAGGUACUGAGCCGGCCGUCCUUGUCUGCUCCCAGAGUAAGAGGCCAGCACUGAGGAGGCAGGCCCACGUGGAACUGAUCCAGGAACAGCUGCAUGACCCCUGGGUGAGGAUCUCCGACAGCACAGAGGCCCAGUGUAUCUUACUGACCAUGAGUGAAGAGACCGGGACAGCUGACCUCAGCGGCUCGGCCACGCCAGAGGGCACCCACGUCGCCCUGGCCCCUUCCGAAUCCAAACCCGAGGAGCUGCUUAGCGCAAAGAAAGGACCUCCAGUCGCGCCCAAGCCCAAGCCCAGCUGGGUCCGGCAGAGCCUGAGGAGUGGGAAGGCUGCAGGACAACUGUCGGAGCCGACCAAACCUCCCAACAAGCGAGCCCAGGACGCGGGUAGAACAUUCGGAGUGAAUCUGAGAGCUACCUCCUCGACCUCAGCGAACCUGUCCAUCAAACAGAAGAUCCACUCGUUUGAGACGUUCUCUAGCUCGGAGACGCCGGUUAGGGCGAGCUGGAGGUCGGGCCCUUCUGCGUCGCACUCGUUAAUGGACAAGGUGCCCGGCCGAAGCGACGCUGUCUGCUCCUCCACGGAUGCCGGCAGUACGGUUAACAGGAAGCUUGCGGUGAACGGAACGCCCACGGCAACCCGCACAGCCCACAACGAAAGCCCAUCCCCUGACCCUGCUGCUGCAGGCACUGCUGACCUGACCCCAGGCACGAGUGCCAUCACAGAGACCUGCAGUUCCCAAGAGGAACUGCCUGACCAAAGCGAACGCGAAGUGGAGGUUCCCGUCACGGAGCUUUCAAACGACCCGGAGCCUUCAAACGACCUGGAGCCUUCAAACGACCUGGAGCCUUCAAACAUCCCAGAGCCUUUAAACGACCCAAAGCCUUCAAACGACCCAGAGCCUUCAAGCGACCCGAAUCCUUCAAGCAACCCAGAGCCUUCAAACGUCACAGAGCCUUCAAACGACCUGGAGCCUUCAAAUGACCCAAAGCCUUCAAACAUCCCAGAGCCUUCAAACGACCAGGAGCCUUCAAACGACCCGGAGCCUUCAAGUGUCCCAGAGGCAGACAUUCAAAAGGCUUCUCCACCUCCUUCGCGCCCCAGCAGGUGUGACAGCCCUGUUACCAUCCCUAAAAGCCUCCCUGCUGAAGAACCUCUGCCACUUGCAAGAGACCUUAUAUCUCUCAAACAGGCCAGCCUGCGGACCAGGAGUCUCCCACUGAAUGCCUCCCUCUCUUCAGACGGCCCGACUCUCCGGGUGCUGGAUGGCGAGAGCCUGGGGAAGAUCCUCUCUUUCAGUAACCAGGUGUCCCAUGCACUGAUCCGCUCCAUGCGCUCUCUGCCUCAGUCUCCCUGCUCUUGGCUGGGUAAUCCCUGGCACCACCCUCCGGGAUCUCCCCUGAUCAAGCCUGAUGAGGACACCCCAUUGGCUGAAAAGAUCCCCCUUUCCCCGGGACCUGAUAGCAGUGAACCGGGCUUCUCUGUCAGUCUGGCCGAGCUGAGGGAGUGCACCAUUGAGAGGGGAGAGGAGAUCAGCGAGGAGCGCCCCGCCCAGUCCAACCCCUCCUCCACCUGCGCCCAGUCCGUCAUCUCCGCCAUCCCGUCCGAGGAGGUGGAGAGGAUGAUCCAGGAGGUCCGAGCGCUGGAUGAGGAGACCCUGAAACAAUUUGAGGACAUUCAUGUUGUCAUCUUGCACAAAGAGGAGGGUGCUGGCCUGGGCUUCAGUAUCGCUGGAGGGAUUGACCUUGAGAACAAAGCAACCACUGUUCACAAAGUAUUCCCCAACGGACUGGCAGCGCAGGAGGGAACCAUAGAGAAGGGAGACGAGGUGCUGUCCAUCAACGGGCACACGCUGAAGAACGUGACGCACAGCGACGCCACCGCCACCCUCCGGCAGGCCAGGACCAUGAGGCAGGCGGUGGUGGUGGUGUGCAAAACCAAAGACGGAGAGAGGAACGGAGGCGGCACCAAAGAGCCGGUCCACAGCAGCACAGAGCAGAACCUCACAGAGGGUGCAACUCUAACACUGGAGCUGGAGAAGACUGCAGGUGGAGUGGGGUUUAGUCUAGAGGGAGGCAAAGGCUCCAUCCAUGGAGACAAGGCCAUUGUCAUCAAUAGGAUUUUUGCAGGUGGUGCUGCAGAGCAGGGUGGGAUCCAGUCCGGGGAUGAGUUGCUGCAGGUUCAGGAUGCUGUCCUACAGGGGCUAACACGCUUUGAGGCCUGGAACAUUGUCAAAGCCCUUCCCGAGGGGCCUUACAAAGCCGUCAUCAGGAGGAAGGAGGCAGAGCUGCCCUGAAUUAUGGCCACUGAGGUCUAUUCCAGUCUUCAGAACAGUACUGUAAUGUUGUAUUGCCUUACAGACGGUCACUUUAUCAUAUUUCAUUACCAUGUGUUUACACUCUAGGUAUUUUGCCUCUUUUAAUCCUCAGAAAAACUUAAUCAGGGAAGCCAGUAAACACAUUCAUGUUCACUCAUUUCAAUAUUUGGCUUUGCACAGACACUGUAAACACAGGUAACAGAUUACAUUUAACAAAAGCAGGAGAUGAGAAAAUGUUUUUACUUGAUUUUUGACUUUGAAAGGUCAACUCAACUUUCAUUAUACAAUUAUUUCAGAGUUUGCAACAAGGUAUACUACAGCAAUGUUUCAACGCAUUUAAUACAUCUAGAUUAAUUUUGAAAAGUCUGAGAAAUCGUGGAUUGCCUUGGAAUUUUUAAAGAUUUAUUUGUAUUACAGGAGGCAAUGCUGGCUGUAACAGCACAGUUUUUCAUGCAACUAUGUCUCACUUAAAAGGUUAUAUUCAGGCAACAUGUCAGGCUUGGGUAAAUGUCCUAGGGAUAUUAUAAAAAUGUAUUUUAAUUAUUUUGUACAGACUAAAAAACAUAUGAUAAAUAUAGGUUAUAAUGCCCAGAUGUUAAUGUGGAAAAAUUAUGCUUUGGGUAGAUUUAAUUUUCAAAAGUAAAGCUGAAAUAAUGAACUAAAA